UGUCAACAUGAGGUUUGGGCGGUGGAUUUGCCUCUACUAUACUUUUACUAUCACUACUGAGCAAAGUCGCCAUGCGUGUAUGUAAACGAAGCUGAUCAUAUUGUUGGAAGAAGCAGUCAAUCGCUGAUACAACACUGGAUGUCGGUGUCAGAGUGCAUGCUGGGAGUGACCAUCAGGGGAAUGAGCAAAGGAUGGAGAGUUGCACGCACGUUUUCCAGAUCUCUGGGAUCAAGAUCCGGGAUAAGAAGAGAGUUUUGGUCCAAAUAAUCCAACAGCUGGGUGGAAAAUACAUUGGUGGCUCAGUCUACCAGCAUGCCAGCACCCAUCUCAUAAUCCCUCAGGUUUUGUCCAGCGAGAAGUUUUUGGCAGCCUGUGCUGCAGGAAAGUGGGUUGUGACUCCAGAAUAUGUGCUGGAAAGUUUUAAGAAUGGUUCCUGGCUCAAAGAGGGACCCUAUGAAAUUACCAUUUCCACAGGGGUCGCGUCUUCCAUCUACCCUGUCAGGCAGUGGAGGGAGAAGGUGGCCAGUGGGAGGGUAACCGGGGCCUUCCAGGGCUGGAGGGUUCUCCUGAUGGUCCAAGAGCCAACUCGCAGGGCCAUGUUCAAACGGCUCCUUAAAGCAGGCCGGGCCAAAGUCUACCACUGCCCUCCUCCCACUCAUGCCUCUGUCACUCAUGUCAUGGCUAAACCUGUCACAGAGGACUCAAAAUCCCACAAUGCUCCUUGCUACCCUGUAAGCCACAUUGUACAGCACCUAUUUGGGAGCAAUUGUGUGGAUAUGAACUUCAACAUAAUGAAUGAUGAUCCAGCAGACACAACAAAGGAGAGUUUCGUGGAUGUGGACUUCUCUAAGCUGGAGACAGAGCUCCGGGACUAUGUCAUCAAACAGGAGGGCCGACCGAGACUGUGCCUCCUUGAAUUUGUGGGUUACCAUGACCCGUACCGGCCACAGUCCCAGGCUACAGAAACAGACUUCAGCACUGUUAGUAGUAUGAUAGAGUGUGGUCUCUUUACUGAAGCCUUGGACUCAAUCAGAAGUGCUAUGUUCCCAGGCCUGCUUCCACCAGCGCCAUACCUGGUCUCCCUCUUAGAAUACGCACAGCAGGGUAACGCCACAUCCGUCUUCCUGAGGAAUUUCCAGCAAGUCAUGUAUAACUUGCUUGUCACCAACCCUCCCUGGCUGGCACCCGGCCCAGUGAAAAAAUAUUUUGCACAGGUGUUGCAGUGUCCUCGAUGUAAAACAGGCCUGUGGCCUUUUCUAGAGACAGCCAUCAGUUACUGCCUGACUAGUGAGGUCACUUGUCAUCCGCUCCCUGGACCUGCCCUGCCAACACUGUUACAUUUCCAUAGUGACCUCCUGGCAUUUUUCCUCAAGCUCUUCCAGGGGGAACUCCACUCUGUCACUGCCGGGGAUUUUGUGCUACCUGAGGGAACAGGAGUCUCUCAGGCUUCAGCAUCGGGGUCCUUGCUGUAUGGAACCUUCUGGACUGUGUGGGAACGCUCCACGCUGUUGUCCCGAACUGUGAAGCAACUAACCCAGCUCUUGGUCCAGGCUGUCAUCGAGGACUACGCUGAGAGGGAUGAGAAGCAGAAUCUGCAUUUGGCUGACACACUGCUGGACCUCCUGUCUGUGUUGGUGGAGUUCUGGUGUCAGCAGCACUUUAAGCUGAACCAGAACCUGGUUGAAAAGGGCCUAAAAGACCUUGCAGAGCACUUUGCUGUCAUCAGCCAGGAUGUGUCUCCGGGGGUUCUGGCAGAGCUGGUUGUCAGGAUUCGCUCUACCAGACUUAAGUUGAUGAUGGCAGAUGCCAUAUUUAGGAGUCUUUGCUGCAGAAGUGGAUUCACAGUUGGAGAUGAACCCCUCUCUUUUAAGAAAAUGGUGCUGUCCUACAUGCCUGCUCUGGAAAUCUUAGCUCAGAGUCCCACGGGUGCUCGCCUCAGGACCGGACCAACCUCCCACAGCUGCAGCAGCCAGGGGACCGGCUGCAGUGCUCAGAGCUCUCUGGUGAAUGAAACAAGCCCGGAGAGAGAGAACAUCCCCAGAGGCUUUAACAGAGUCAACGCAGCAGGAGAGACCCUCCUCCACAGAGCUUGCAGGAGGAACCAAGUGGAAACGGUGCUUCAGAUCCUGUCGCUUCCUGGCACGGACGUCAACGUUAAAGACCAUGCAGGCUGGACACCUCUGCAUGAAGCGUGCAACCAUGGCAGCGCUGCGUGUGUGGAGGCUUUGCUACGUCACCUGCCUGCCCCUGUGCUAAAUAACCAGGUGGGUGGAGUCAGCCCGCUUCACGACGCUGUGCUAAACGGUCACAUGGACAUCGCCAGAAUGCUACUGGAACAUGCAGGCUCAGUUAUCCUGCGGCAGACUGAUGGAGAAGGGCGGACUGCACUGGAUCUGGUCUCUGCAACAAGCCAGAGGGAGGAGCUCCUCCGCAGCGCGCAUGUGGGUGACUCAGCCGUGAGAAACAACUCCACUGAGGUCUUGAACCUUCCUCUCCUGGAGGCUGGAUCCUCUCUGCUGGCCCACCUCAUUUUCUCCUACCAGCAAGAGAGGGGCCUACACGGCCAUACGCAGCCCAGCAACAAGUCCCACAGCCUGGGCUACACGCUGCUCAGGGCCCUGGAGACACACUCCCACCAAACAGUGACUCUGGGCUGGACAGACCAGCGGGCGGUGAGGCUGGUGGAGGAUGCAAAGACCCUGCUGGAGCUUGGCAGAGGGAGUUACCUGGGGCAGGUGUCUCUCGCAGUGAAAGAGUGCAGAGGAGAGAAUACACUGUUCCUAAUGGAGAUACUGGAGGACCUUAAGUCUCGAGGGGAAGCACUAGUAGCUGAUCUGUGAAACAGGACCAAUGGACAACACACUGAAAAUGAAUGAAUGUACAACCUUUGUUUUUUAUAUUCAAUUGUUAUUAUAUCAUACAUUUAACCAAGGCCUUAAAAUGUCUACACAGGCAAUCAUCUGUGAAUGUAGGCCUCCCAAAUAAUGUGGCCUUCGCCCAUCUUCCCAUGUUGGUAAAUGGGUAAGCACGUGUUUUUCAAGUUAGCUGUAUGUUCUUUCUACAUAGAAACUAUUUUAUAGAUACACCAUGGUUUGGAUGUAUUUCACUACUUCUUUUAUAUUUCCCAAAAUUGAAAAAUGUUCCUGAAAAAUUAUUUAUGUUGAAUGGUCUGAGUUGCAUGUUUUUAUGGCAACACAAUCAUUUCUAUUUAGACAGUUACUACCUCAAGUUAUUGUUUUCUACAGUUACUUUUUU